AUGGCCUCUCUGCUAUUGAGGGCUGUCUCCGCUCAGACUUGCUACUACCCGGAUGGCUUGACUACUUCGGACGACAUACCAUGUAACAGCAACGCCGCAACAUCAUCAUGCUGUCCUACCGGUUCUUUCUGCAUGGAUAAUGGAUUGUGUUUCGGAGGAGGUGUUGUUUCUCGGUCUUCCUGCACUGACCAAGCAUGGGCAUCCCCAGAGUGUGCCCAAUAUUGCACUGAUGUCAACGAAUCGACUGCUAUCGGCUUGACCGCCUGUGAUGUAAACUCACGGACAUUUGCUUGUGGUUUGAACGGUGGUCAGUGUCAGAACACGCACUCGACUUUCACUAUGGUCAAGGGCGAUGCUUUGGUGCUACGUCCGGCACAAAUUCAAGUCCUCGUAUCGAACUACUCGGCCCCGGCCAAUCAGGGCAGUCACCAAUACGGUGUAGGAUCGAUGAUUGGAGUCGCUUUGGGCGUUGGCCUUCCCCUGGCCUUCUCUCUGCUCAUGGCUCUCUUGGUUCUGAGAAAGGAAAGACAAAGAUUUGCUCUUCAGAACAUAUUCGAACAGCGCCUGGAACCGAUGGACGCUCACGGAAACUACCGCAGGCGUUCGUUUUCUACGCUUUCAAAGUCUGGAACGAUGACAACUAUUGCGUCGACUUCGACGUAUGCGCCCAAACAACCCCAAGCAUCUCUUCCGAAGUAUGGCUUCCACAAGGGUUACUAUUCCCACGGCAGCAACAUCAGUGUACCGGUCUUCGAGCUACCCUCGAAUCCUCCGGAGAGACACGAGAGGGUUGAAGCCCCAUGA